CACGUGCGCGGAAGGCCCCGCGCUCGGGCAGCGCGUGCGCCGUGAGUGCCCUCGCGCGGCCGGGGGCGGGGCCGCCGGCACGAGCCGCUGGCGCUGGUUAAAGGCGACAGAAGUUGAAAACACCCUCCCCAAAACACCCUUCUGGCUUUGCUCUGGGGUUCCCCUCCCUGUCCAGGAUGGCAGGUGGCAUCACUGACACCGGAGAGCUUUACUCUCCCUAUGUUGGCCUGGUGUACAUGUUCAACCUCAUUGUUGGAACAGGAGCCCUGACCAUGCCCAAGGCCUUUGCCACAGCAGGGUGGCUCGUCAGCCUCGUCCUCCUGAUGUUCCUGGGAUUUAUGAGCUAUAUGACUACAACCUUUGUGGUGGAAGCCAUGGCUGCUGCAAAUGCCCAGCUGAGAUGGAAGAGAAUGGAAAAACGCAAGGAGGAUGAUGAAGAUGAGGAUUCUUCCUCUGGAGUGUCUGACAGUGAUGUUCUCCUCCAAGAUGGCUAUGAGCGAGCAGAGACACGGCCUAUCCUGUCAGUUCAGAGACGUGGCUCAGCCAAUAUCUUUGAAAUCACUGAGAGGGUGGAAAUGGGCCAGAUGGCUUCCAUGUUCUUCAAUAAAGUGGGUGUCAACCUCUUCUAUUUCUGCAUAAUUAUCUACCUCUAUGGAGAUCUGGCAAUCUAUGCAGCAGCGGUGCCAGUCUCCCUAAUGCAGGUGACCUGCAGUGUCACUGGCAACCAUUCUUGCAGUGUUGGAGACAGCACAAAGUACAACGACACGGACAAAUGCUGGGGGCCAAUUCGAAGGAUUGAUGCUUACAGGCUGUAUCUGGCAGCAUUCACGCUCCUCCUGGGUCCUUUCACCUUCUUCAAUGUGCAGAAGACCAAGUAUCUUCAAAUCAUGACGUCCCUCAUGAGAUGGAUAGCUUUCAUCCUCAUGAUUAUUCUGGCCCUCAUCCGCAUCAGCAGAGGCCAAGCUGAAGGUCACCCGUCCAUGGCCCAGCUGUCGGGCAUCCGCAAUCUCUUUGGGGUGUGCGUCUAUUCCUUCAUGUGCCAGCACUCCCUGCCAUCCCUCAUCACCCCCAUCUCCAAGAAGAAGCACGUCAACAAGCUCGUGCUGCUCGAUUACAUCCUGAUCUUGGCCUUCUACAGCCUCCUGUCCUUCACUGCCAUUUACUGCUUCCGCAAUGACACCCUCAUGGACAUGUACACGCUCAACUUCACCAACUGUGAGAUCGUCAGCGUGGCCUUCAUUCGGUACUUCCUGGGCCUCUUCCCGGUCUUCACCAUCAGCACCAACUUCCCCAUCAUUGCAGUGACCCUGCGCAACAACUGGAAGACCCUUUUCCACAGAGAGGGGGGCACCUACCCGUGGCUGGUGGAUAGGAUUGUCUUUCCUGCCAUCACGCUGAUUCCCCCAGUGCUGGUGGCUUUCUGCACCCACGAUCUGGAGUCCUUGGUGGGGAUCACGGGAGCCUAUGCCGGGAAUGGGAUCCAGUAUCUCAUCCCAGCUUUCCUGGCCUACUGCAGUCGGAAGGACACCCAGCUGGUCUUCGGCAGCGGGACGGUGAACAAGCACCUCUCCCCUUUCCGGCACAGCUUCUGGAUUGUGUUCGUGCUCAUUUGGGGUUUCUCUUGCUUCAUAUUUGUGACUGCAAACAUUGUCCUGAGUGAGUCAAAGCUCUGAUGAGGGUAGCAGCACACUCCCUCUGGAGUUCCAGAGACUUCAGCAUUUCAGCUCCCCCUCUGGAACUGUGCACUGAGGGGGAGAGGCAGUAUGAAGGGAAGUUCCAGGCCGUUGGCUUGGUGACACAGACUUUCUUCACUCCACUUUGGGUGUGGGUGGAGUGGACUCAGCCUUGUUACAGUUCUGGUUCUCGGACAAAGCCCUGGGGCUGAGCCCUUGGCAGCCUGCACCAGUGUCUAGCCGUUCCUGCCUUUGGCUCUGUCAGAGCAGCACAUUCUCUGUCUGUCCCUCUGUGGUUCUCUGUGUGCUGCAGGUCUCAGCACACAGGAGAGAGACAGCCUUGGCUGCAUCACUAAAUGUCCCUUCUCCCAAAGGCAGGAAUGUGCUGUGCAGAAUCCAGCAGGAGUUUGGGAUAACUGAGUCUCUUCUUUCUGCUGAGACUCCUUCAGACCAACCUCCUGUGCCAGCUGAAGGAAAAUAUAAGCGUGGAAAUAGACCUAAUUCAGAAGGAAA